CUACGGCCCUGGAUGUGCGCGUAUCGCCAGGCGUGCAUUGGCACUCCCGCUAUCGAUCAGUCGCGUGUUAGUCCACCGUGACAUGGAGGAUCUCUUGCUGCAGAUCGUCAGGGAGUCCAGUAAUGCGAAGCUACAGAAUUUACGGAAAUCGGCGCAGGAAGCGCACGAUUUCUUGGAGAAGCAGCAAGCGUUGCUGCGCGAUCCACCCCACGAGCUGCGGGCAAAAUGUCUACACACCUUUCAGCUAGCACUGGAGACCAAGAGGAGCAAAUUUGUCGCGUUCGGUCUGUCGGGAUUACAUAAAAUGUUGAGAGACGACAGGUUCCAGUCACCCUACGAGCCAGAAGACGAUUCUUUAUGGCUGCCCGCGCAAAUGUUACACGCGAUGGGUUCGAUUCUGUCGCAGUCCGACGACACGCAGACGGACAUGCUGAAAGUUCUGCUGCAAGUCGCCUGUUCUUCUUAUUGGACUAUGAACGGCCGCUUAAUAAUCGCCAUACUCACUACCUGCUGCGAGGCUUUCGAAAAUGGGAACCAGGCUGUGAGGACCGCCGCGCAGGCUGCGACGAGUCAGACCUUGCGGUCCUUCUGCCUGUUUUUAGACGAGGAGUGCCAGGAGAUGGACGAGAACGCGAAGAAGAAUAAGAACGUGUGGGAGAGGGGAGUGUCCUGCUUCAACGAGGCAUUGCCGAUACUCCAGUACAUCUGCAGCAAGCUGGACGAGGCGCAGAAGAAAUCUUGUUCCAGUAACGGUAGAAACGGGAACACGGUGGUCUUCCUUCUGGAGUGCCUGCACACGUUGAUUUCUUCGUUGCCGCAGAAGAUCCACACGAACGCACACUUCACCACGUUCCUCUGGCAGAAGUUCUGUCCAGCGUUGAUCGCGUUCCUCGGGACGCCCAGGGUGGACAAAACGUUCACCUCCAGGGAGGGAAAGGAGAACGAAGUGGGCAGAGGAUCCGGGUACUUAGCUACUUCGCUGAGCUUUGAUAGUCAUCAGGCUAAGACUGUCUACAGCAUCGGAACAGAACUGGUUCGAUUAGUAGGCUGUGUAGGACCCUUGAGACCGGUCCUGGAAUCAGUGUUCCAUCGAAUGCUGCUAUAUCCGCCUCCCCAGCAACGUUUGGAGUCUUUGAAAGCUUUGAAGGAGCUCUUGCGUAGUCCCAGUCGAAUGGUAGACUUCGCUGGGCCAUUGCUAGUGGAAGAGGACAGAUCGAGUCACAUUCAGAGCGACAUGGCGUUGAUGAGAUUGGCAAUGGACUCGAUCGAGGAAUCAACGACUGGAGGAUUGAGUAUACUGCACGCUAGCGUUUCGUGCGUGGUCGCGAUGCUCUCCGCUCUUCAGGAACUGUGCGAGGGGAAGGCCAUUAAUCACACUUACACGUGCGCGAUCAAUAGUCUGUACGAGGACCUGGAGUCCUGCGACUAUAGAGGGCCGCUGACUUACCAGAGCAUGGCUCGGCUGCCAAAAACUUAUAGAGAGCAAUUGGAGUUGAUGAAGAAGGGAAUAGGAUCCGAUUCAGACUCUUCAGGGCAUGGGCCAUCGGAAGACGGCGACUCGACGGACACAGAAGGCCCUCAGAAUGACUCGGACGAAGUGCAAGAAGAGAACAGCUUAGAGGACAAUGACUACGCGAUGGAGAAUGAAAGGGAGAGGCUGCGAUUAGAAAAGCUUCCGAAGUGUUUACACGUUGGUAGACAGGUAGCCGACGAGUGCAACGUGGACGUCGAGCGACACAACGCGAGGAAGUUCGUCAAGACACUGAAAAGCGACCUGAUUCCUAUGGUGUUGAGCCUGAGGAGCAACAUAGAGGUUGACGAGGCGUUGCAGAACUUUGCAUCGGAAUACUGUCAAGGAGUCUUCACAGCGCAGCAGAAGAUCCAGGAGCAGACUGACAUCAGUACGGACUCCUGUGCACUGAUCACGAUCAUGAACGCUGAUGGGAUUUAUCUGGCCACCUAUGCUGCCUUACUUCUGAACUUAAAGCUGAUCAGGAUUAACUACUAUCACGAAGAGAGUCGUCAGGUCCCAAUCAGUGAGGAACAAUUCGUGGAAGAAGUACACGGUUCGGGAGUUCUGGUUUAUCUGUCAGCCACCUGGCUGUCUGAACUCUAUCAGCAAGUGUUAGCCUGCAAUCUUCUCGAGAGAUGUGGUUACAGUCCCCAAUAUACGGAGCACAGUGCUCUGAUAAAUGUUCUGACAGACGUCGAUGGCAUUCCUGGUAGUCAAAGAGGCGGGCAGCUUCUCUCAGACUACAUAAGACUGGAAAAAGCUCAGCUGUCUCGAAGCGAGCCGACACCGGAAGCUGAAGCAGGCGCGAAGCUGUCCAGAAGAGUACUGACUUGCUGUUGGGGAAGCAUGAUGACUGUUCUCACGACUGGUCUGAAUCCUCCCAAGGAAGAGAACAACAAGGGUAUACUGAAUAGAGAUGGCGGCAGAAGAGGUAUCAGGGAUACGGUGGUGUUGUCUCUGGAAGGUCUCCAUAAAGCUGCGAUUUUGAGUAAUGUCCUUGGCCUUCAGAAUCGUUGCGGCUCGAUUUUCGCUUUGCUGGCUAAAGCAGCCUGCACAGAGCAGUCGAUAUCAAGGAUCACUCGAACGAAAGACGUUCUGCGUUUGAAAUUGCAGAACAGAGCGACGAAUAUUCAUACCUCGCAUGCUUUAAGCAUGGAUGUUCUUCUGGGCAAAGGUUUGGAGCUAGGGAGUCAUGGCAGUGACUGCUGGCCACAUGUUUUUACCUGCUGCUUAUACGUGAGCAAACUAGAACACGACUUCUUCGGGAGAAACCAGAAUCCACCGUUGCCGAAGACGCAGCAAAAGAAGGAGAAGAAGGAGACUGCGAAUGGGGAUCCCAAAGGAAGUCAGGACAAAUUGAGACUGAGUUUUAACAUCACCGACGAAGAGGAGACUUGUGUCGACGUCUACAGCUUCUUGUCUAGUCCUUACACGCAGAACCCCAGCUCAGACACGAUUCCAGAGAUCAUCCAAGAGUCCAACGCGGACAGCCAGUUCAAUGGUAUCCUUCCUGCAGAUUACGCAGCCAAGAUCAUCUGUGUCCUGUCGCAGCAGGUCGAUAGGCUCUUCGAGAACGCCGCGUUGAAAUUGAACCUUCGAGCGCUGUGCUUAUUCCUGACUGCUCUCUGCAAAGCUAGUAAAGCUCAGCUGUUCAAAACGUCGGACGGAUUUAAGGAUAAUAAAAGAUUCUGGUGGAGGAGGAGCAAACCCAGAGAAAACGAGAUGAACGUGUUGCUGUUGGCUAGAUUGGGAGAGGUCAUGCUGAAGUGCGUGAAGAGUGGACGACCUCUGAUCCAUAUAAUGAGGGUGUGGAGCAUUCUGGGUCCCCAUUUCAUGGAAGCAGCCUGCCAUAAAGACCGCAGCAUCUCCAAGAAGGCUGUCCAAUGCAUCCACGACUCUAUGGCUGCUUUGUUGAACGAGCAAGUCGAGUUGCCGCAUUUCCACUUCAACGAAGCACUAUUCAAGCCUUUCGAGAACCUGUUGUGCCUAGAACUUUGUGACAGCGAUGUGCAAGACCAAAUCGUCAGCUGCAUUUGCGAGUUCGUCGAGACCAACCGUACAGAGAUCCGGUCCGGCUGGCGACCUCUGUUCGGCGCGUUGCGCGUAGCGUCGGUCGGCAAUUCAGAUUCCGUCGAGUCAGCGCCACUUCUGGAGGUCUUCCGGGUGUUCCUGUCCACGGACAACACGCUGGUAUUCGCGAACGCGGCGCUAGAUUGCAUCCUCUGUCUGCUGCGGCACGUGAGAGGGAUCGGUGACGCGGAGGGUCAUCAGGGCGAGCAGGAUCAGGUCGACGUCGCCGAGUCAAGGCGGAUGAGGCUCUGCGUCGAGAGUCUCAAGUACCUGUUGAGCUGCAGCGAUAUUCUCGCGUCGAUGUACGGGAUGCCGGCUUGCCCCAUCUUCCAUUCAGCCCAAAGGAUUCAAGUCUCGACCAUCCCCCAAUACGUUGAUCCCGCGAUCCCUAACUCCGAGCUGAUCAGACUGGACAAGCACGCUGAAUCCAUACAAGAGACUAUUCCCGAAAGAGCCCACGACGUCCUCAUGGACAACGUUCACACGAUCACGACGCUACAGAGUAUGGACAAGCCUAGCGGCAUCCUGAGAGUCUGGUAUAUACUGAUCGAGGGUUUGGCUAGCGCUACCAUGAUCUGCCCUAAACGUUACCAACCCCAUACUUUGGAGACUCUGUUCCAUUUGCUGCGGGACACACUGAACGUUCCCGGCCCAGCUUUCGGCCUGUACUGCGUGAAUCAUCUGCUGCUCCCGAUGGUCCAGAAUUGGCUGAGGAAGACCUCGAAGAUCUUCAGGGGCUGGGACAACUUCGCGCCGAAUUUCAAACAGUGCUGCGGUCUUAUCACCGACCUGGUAGUUGACUACUUGACUCAUCUUCAAGGUCCCGAGGUUGUCAGGAACGAUGCCUAUCUUCCGGCCACGACGCUGAUGUUGAAACAACUGCUACUGGUGAUGGCGGAAUGCGUCGUGCAACCUACCGAGAGCAUAGCUCGAUUAGGCUGCGCCUGCAUUAGGCAUGUCCUGGUGAACAGUGGCCCACUCCUCACCCCAGAACAAUGGGAAGUCUGCGGCGUCGCCUGUUACCGCGCCUGUUCGAAUUCCCUGCAAGAGUUGCACCAGCUGACCAUGGCUUUCUCGCCGAGAUCGGAAUCCUUUUACGGCGACAUCGCUCAGGUGAAGGUUGCCGCGCGACGGGACGCGACGCUCGAAGAGUCGGAACGUCUGCGACAGCUCGCCGCCCAGGUGUUCCUCCUGGAGGAACAACACGCUGAAGACUCUUUGAGAGCGUCCGACGACAGGUCCUACGUAUUUCUACUGUAUCCACCUUCCGUGGGGUCGACGCUCAAUCCUGACCUUUAUAUCGUGCGAGUUCAGCUGAGGGCGCUGGUGGUCGGCCUUUUGGUGCACCAGAUGUUACUGCAUUGCAUCGCCAGUGUCCUCUUGCAGACUAAUGACUCGUCCUUCCCUAGUCUAUCACACGUCAUCCCGCACUCAAUGUCAUCGCCGUUGCUAAAAGACUCAGCAUCCGGCUGCCUGUCGUAUCUCUCAAGCAAACACGUGGACAUCUUCCUUUCUGCUCUGGACCUCUCAUACGCGGCAGCUUUAAAGUUCGACAGCCGGCCAGGACUAAAAUUCCUAGUCCAGAAGGUAGCGAACCUCGAGCAACGGGCGAACCUCUAUCGCCAAGCUGGAGCUGCCUGGAUCAUCAAGCUCGUCACGUUGUUCGAGCUUUGUCUCCGGGAAAUAGAAGUAACUGGAGCUACCCUCGAAACAGUGAAAUACCUGUUGAACUCUAGCCCCGACGACAAGGACUAUCCCAAGGAUCCGAAUCUCCAGAUAUUAUCGAAAUACCUGAAACAAUCGCGGACCACUUUCAAAGAACUCUGCGAGAGCUACGUGGACGUGCUGGUGGACAAAGAUGGCAAGCACGCGAUAGCUGACAGCUUCUCUGAAAGGAAGAUAUUCCUCUUAGUAGCUCAACCCGAUGACUAUCCGGAGAUCACCAGAAAGGAACCGAUUAAUGACAGACCUAUAGCCACUCCAGCUCCACUGGAGUACAAUCACGAGUCCAUGGAUGAGUUAGAUGCUCGAAUGGACCACGAUGAUCCAGAUGAUCAAGACGACCAAGAGGAUAUAGAAGCCUAUAAUCCGAACCUCGACGACGAGAGUGGUUUAGAGGAACUUGGACCAGAAUCAGACGAAGAUUUGAGACGGUUCAGAGUGUCUGACCUAGCAGUGGAGUAUUCUACUGACUCUGGCCCCCCGAGUGAACCGGAGACGGACAAUUCCCGGCCUGUAUCCAGACUGGGCUCCGUCACGGAGAAGAUAGUGUACCUGGACAGGUCAGGUGGCACUUCCAGCGAGGGCUACAUCGACGGUAAAUACAGCUCGAUGACUCCUGCUCCUCUUCAGAUGAUCAAUCGUCGGGACAAUUUAUUCUACAAGCUGAGUCCUCUUAGGAGAACGGAGUCCGCAGACUCGUUCGGGACCUCCGUUCUAGAAGUAAUGGCGACGAGCGCUAGUUUGACGGUCGACGAGAUGUCCUAUUACAGGCGAUCGCGGAUGGAGAGGAGGAAAAGCGAAGCGUGCCUGUUGUCCAGGAGGAACUCGCUGAAGUUUGUCAUUCCCAGUGAGACAGAGGGCUUCCACAAGUUCGACGCUCGCGGUUCGCCGGCUUGGAGAUGCAGAUCGGUGAUGGAACUGAGGAAGAGGUCGGUGUCCACUUCGAUCGAUGAUUUGGACAUGUCGUCUAGGAUGUCCUUGAAGAUCGAGGAGAAGGACACUUGUUCUUCGAUGUGUUUGGAAAAUGUCGACGAGCUGCUGAGGGAUUACAAACGUAGCAAGAGGGGAUUCAGGAUGAAUCCUUUCUUGAAGGAUGACGCUGAUGACGUUAGCUGUGAGGGUCAAGGGGUUAAGAUUAAGGAUACUUCGUUCCAGAAGAAGACUAACGUUCAUAAGGACAGCGAGGCGCACAAAAGGGCCUGGGCUGAGACUCUGUGCACUGUUUUAGAUUGGACUCUGGCUUUGUCGCAUGAGAAACUAACUCCCCUACUUCCGGUCUUCGUGGGCGGCGUACAAGUCCUGUCAAGCACCCCUUGGGCCAGGAUCUCGGGGAACAAAUUCCCACUUUUCCCCACCGAGUUCCAACUGGAAACGUGAAGAAGACUGCUCUCGUUCCUCGGGCAGGAUCAAGCACUGAGGCUGAUAUUUAAUCUCGUCUAUUACGAACUUUAUCGUUGAAGCAAACAGAAAACGGCACAAGAGUACAGUCAAUAGUAUCAUGGACCAUUUCGUCGCGAAUUGUUAAGGGAUUCGAGGAUCUCAAGUGCGCGUACCCACUUUUUCAAACUUCAUCUUUUCCGAGGAAAGGAGUGCGGCAGAUGAACGUGUCUACCGAGAUACAGAGCCAUUUUAGGGACUGCUUGAUCAAUUGUGGUAACGUCAACGUUGAACGAGAAUAUUGAACGGAUUCGAAACAUUCGAGCGCGUCUGUCCGCAGUUUCGUCAGUUUCGUCUUGAAAUCAAAAGAGAACAACCGAGAAUCCAAGAUUUAGGACCACUUUUAGAGCCGCGGCGUUGACGAAACACUAAGUAAUUCCGAAGGGGCACAGGUGAGCAGGGUGCGAACGUCCAAUGGGACCGGAAGCCGCGUGCACACGACAGACAAUAGCUAAUCGUCGAUUCUGCGGGCGAAAGAAACGAUGUCCCGUUUUCCCGCCUAUCUGUAGCGUGUCCCGAAGCGUCGACACGGAGGGACAAGGAUUUUAUUUACGAUCCACUCCGCACGCACAUCUCCCGAUUCUCAUUUUAUGCUCUUUGCGCUUAACUGUAGUUUGCGGUCCACUCGGACGCAGCGAAGCCUCGCUUGCCAGCUCGGCGUCGCGACGAGCAUCGUGGACUCCGUCGGAUGCUCGACUUACCAUUCUCUUUCCCAGAUCCAGAAAAAUCAUAGCGAUCCCUCUUUGGGUUAAUCCGCUGUCCCUGCUUGCAUCCAUUGCACUUUUUGUCAUACCAUGCGGCUACAAGAUGGUGCUCGGAUGCAAUUUUGAAAUCAACGCGACGCGCGGUCUUGCAAGAAAUCUAAUGGGACAGUUGCAAUAAAUUACCGGCGUUAGUUUUUGAUAUUUUGUAAUCUUUCUUUUCUGUAGAUUAGAGUUCUAGUUUCGACUAUCCAUUGCUGUUUUGAGAAAUGAUCAGGGUGUCUUCGAGAGGCUUAGCUGAGCAAUCGAGAACCAUCUUGUAGAUCUUAUUACUUGAAACGAUCGUUCUUUUUUAGCACGUAAUUCAUUUGUGAAGCGUAACCGACUAUUAAACAGAGACGAGGAACUUAAUGUAAUUAGUGAGCUAGAAGAGUUAAGAGUUGAAUAUGGAAUUUAGAGAAACGUUUAGAGCAGAAUGUUACUACGAAUUUCGUGGAGGAUGCAUAUUAACAGGUCCUUCGGUUUAUGCCAAAGAAUUAACGAAUAAAAGAAGAGUUCUCAGCGCGAUGAGUCGUAUUGUUAGAUUUUAUUGUAAAUAGUACUCUUAAUCGAUCUCAUGGAGAACGCUAGACAGUUUUCGAGUUGAUUUCCCGUGUUUUUUAGCGGACGGCUAGACGACGAUUAUCGCAUUUCCUUUAUCGCUUCGAUAUGACACAUUAUACAAUAUAUUUUGUAUGUCGUUUGUAAAUUAGAGAGAAAGGAAAAUGGUUAUCCGACUGUUGUAUAAAAUCGACCACCGUCACACGUCGGUGUUCUCUCCCCCUUCUCCUCAAUUCUGUCCUGGAUUCCCGUCGGUGUUGAAAAUAUUGUUGAAACGUUUGGUUUAAA